GCUUCAUCGAUGCAGGGGAACUUCACAUCCCAAGAGUAAGCAGUCAAGACCAACAAGGGGACAGAAGAGGUCUAGAUCAUACAUAUAUAUAUGACCGAUUGGAAUCUAUAUUUCCUUCAUAAGAAAAAAACCCUAUAGCAAAUCGUUCUGUUUUACCACCACCAUUUGACCAUAUUUUUUGCUACUUUACACGUUUUUAAAGAUGUCACCAAUGAAACCUCCUCACCGUCAUCGCCUACUCAAGACUGAUGAAGGCCAAGAACCACCCAAGCAGUCAUCCUCUCGUUCCGUGUUUGUGAGAUGCCCUAGACCCCCCUGCGUUGCUUCAUAUCUCCCUUUCAAUGCGGCUCACCAUUCACGCUCAUGCAAACACUUUCGCUGCCUCAACACCCACUGCGGUUUCACCGGUACUGAGGCUCAAGCUCAAUAUCACCUUUCAGAAUGCCUUUACUCGCUCCCUUUCUCUUCGGAUCAAGCUGCUACGACCGAUCCACUCUCUUCAGAUAUGGAAUCUGAGGUACAAGAUAUCCUGACUUCGCCACACAAAAAUAGCUAUCCAACCGACCCAUCUAGCGACCUGUCAAGCUCUCCUCGUGAUUCCAAGCAACAUCUUAAACUGGCACCACUACUCUUCUCUCGCCCUUCUUCUGCCAGCUCACAACAUCCUCAAAUUCCACCACUAUCAAGCUGCUUACCACAAAAGCGCAGAUAUCUCUCUACUCUCGCUCCAACCCGUACAUUAGCCGUUAACCCAGUUAUCAACCCGUACGAUCCGGCUGCUAAAAGAAUCUUCUCUCGCCCUCCGACCGUUGCACCAUCAUCAGUUCCAGCACCCUCCACAUCACAUUCUUCUUCAUCCAUGCCUCGCUCACCUGAUCCCAAAUCUUCUACCAUCUGCCUUGCUCGGUAUCGACCACAAGCACCCCAAGAGUCAGCUUCCGCAACUCAAGCAGCAGAAAUACUCAAGCUCCAGGCUGCUCUAGAACAAAGUCAAUCGGACGUCACACGUCUUAGAGAACAACUCACGAAUGUAAAAGACGAACUCGGCAAUCUUGCCGAAGCAGCUUAUUGUGACUUCCCGCAUGAUUUACUCGUGGGUGAAGUGAUCAAGACAUAUGAAACAACUUGUACUCCAAUUCUUACUGUGCUCGAAGAGACUGCAGGAGCCGAGGCUAUCCAAUCAAAUAACAAUGAGGAGGAGGAAGUCCAAAACGAAGCGGAAUUCGCGGCAGAGGAAAAAGGCGCGCUAGAGGAUGAUCCGGACGAAGAAGAGGAGGAAGAAGAAGAAGAAGAAAUGUAUUCUACCAGCGAAGAGGAGGAAAGUGAUGCCGAUGAAGAAGAAUACUGUUCAAGUGAUGAUGAGCCAAUUCAACCCAUCAGUUCUUCAAAUGUUAAACCGAGCUCGAGCAAGCAAAGUGCAGACUCAUCACUAACAGCUGGCGAAUUGAGCGCACUAGUGAGACGUAGAAUAUCAGGCUCGAGACCUAGGACUAGAGAUGAUGACAUGUUUGGAAAGGAUGAUAUAGAAAAUAGCUGUCGAAGACCUACUGCGUUUGUUAAACGGUUGGCUGAAACGACUUGGGAUCCAUCUGAUGAUAUUGAAGAAGCUGGUGUACCUGGUGUAUGCAAUUUAAUGAAUUUAUUCAAUGAGGCUAAAAGGAAGAAGAGACAAAGGGAGGAUGCAGAAUCGUCAUAA